AUGGCUACUCUCAAAUCUCAUUUUGCCCCAAGCAAACUCGUCUUUUACUUCUUCUGGUGGGGCUUUCAUUGGGGUGCUUUCGCUUUUGGAUGGUGGAAGCAAUAUUCUGAUCCAAAGCUAGCUGGUCUCAAUACUUUGACAUUUUCAGUCUGGAUGUCGCGUGGUGCUGGCCUGGUCUUGUCAUUCGAUGUCUUGUUCAUCCUAUUACCCAUGUGCCGGAAUUUGAUGCGCUUCAUCCGACCAAAGUUCAAGUUUCUUCCUCUCGAUGAGACCAUCUGGUUCCACAGACAGUGUGCAUAUGCAAUGCUCGUCUUCACUAUGAUCCACGUUCUUGCCCACUAUGUCAACUUCUUCAACGUCGAGAAAACACAGAUUCGACCCGUCACAGCAGUCCAGAUCCACUACGCCCAAGCAGGAGGCGUGACUGGUCAUGUCAUGCUGCUUUGCAUGUUGCUCAUGUACACGACAGCCCACCAGAAGAUUCGACAACAGUCUUUCGAAACUUUCUGGUACACUCACCAUCUAUUCAUUCCAUUCUUCCUCGCCAUGUACACCCACGCUGUUGGCUGCUUCGUCCGUGAUACCGCUGAGCCUUUCUCGCCAUUCGCUGGCAAGGACUUCUGGGGCCAUUGCAUCGGCUACCAAGGUUGGCGUUGGGAGUUAUGGGCCGGUGGUCUUUACCUCUUCGAGCGUCUAUGGAGAGAAGUUCGUGCCCGACGAGACACCAAGAUUUACAAGGUCAUCCGACACCCUUAUGAUGCAAUGGAAAUUCAAUUCCAGAAGCCCAGCAUGAAAUACAAGGCGGGCCAAUGGCUCUUCAUCCAGGUUCCAUCGGUAUCUGGCCAGCAAUGGCAUCCAUUUACCAUUACAUCUUGCCCCUUCGACCCUUAUAUUUCCAUCCACGUUCGUCAAGUCGGUGAUUGGACAAAGGCUGUGGGAGAUGCUCUUGGAUGCGGUCCUUCACAAGCCAAGCAAUUCGACGAUCUCGAUAACAAUGGAAUCUACGAAAUUGCUCUACAACACGGUCAAGAGAUGCCUGCCAUUCGUAUUGAUGGUCCUUAUGGUGCCCCUGCCGAGGAUGUGUUUGACAAUGAAAUUGCUGUUCUCAUUGGCACUGGUAUUGGUGUCACCCCAUGGGCAUCUGUCCUGAAGCAUAUCUACAACAUUCGUGCUGGACCUAACCCUCCUCGUCGUCUCAAGCGUGUUGAGUUUCUGUGGGUUACCCGAUCCAUCGAAUCCUUUGAAUGGUUUCAGACCCUGCUCUCCUCCCUCGAAGCACAGUCCGCACAGGCAGCCGAGACCGUGGGUGGACCAGAAUUCUUGCGCAUCCAUACUUAUCUCACCCAGCGUGUGGACGCAAACACUGCUGCCAACAUUUAUCUCAAUACCGUCGGCAAUGCCGUUGAUCCUCUGACCGAACUGCGAACCAAAACUCAGUAUGGUCGACCUGAUUUCCACCGCCUGUUCGGCGCCAUGCGAGAUGGGUUGAUGGACAACUCAUACCUUGACGUUGGAAAGGAGGGCUCUCUCACCGCUGGAACCAAGGCAACUGUUGGUGUCUAUUUCUGUGGCCCCAGUGCUGCAGCUCGCGAAAUAAAGACCGCUGCAAAAGCCACCAGCAAUGAUCUGGUCAAGUUCAGGUUCUGGAAAGAACACUUCUAG